AUGGCUCUCACUUUCCCCGGCAUGUUCUCGCUCGAGAACAGGACGGCCGUCGUCACAGGAGCCACGAGAGGCAUUGGCGCAGCGAUAGCGAUUGCGCUGGCGGAAGCAGGGGCAGAUAUCGUUCUGGUUCAGAGAGACGCCUCCAACACGACCACGAAACAAGCCAUCGAGGCCCUCUCGCGCAAAGCGACCAUCUACACGGCCGACCUGUCCUCGCAAGCCGACGUGUCGGGACUGGCCCACCGGGUGCUCGACCCCGGCGCCGGCCACGACGUGUCCAUCCUGGUGACCUGCGCAGGCAUCCAGCGGCGGCACCCGGCGCACCAGUUCCCGCUGGCCGACUGGGACGAGGUGCUUCAGGUCAACCUGCGCGCCGUGUUCACGCUGUGUCGCGACUUCGGGGCGUACAUGCUCAGUCGCCAGCCGACACCGCAGCAGGGCCAGCGCGGCUCCAUCAUCAACAUCGCCAGCCUGGUCAGCUUCUCGGGUGGACUGACCGUGCCAGCCUACGCCAGCGCCAAGGGCGGCGUCGCGCAGCUGACCAAGGCCCUGAGCAACGAAUGGGCGGGCCGUGGUGUCAAUGUGAAUGCCAUCGCGCCGGGCUACGUCGCCACCGACAUGAACGAGGCGCUCAUCAACGACGAGACCCGCGCCCGCCAGAUCCUCGAGCGGAUUCCCAUGGGCCGCUGGGGAAGUCCGGACGACUUCAAGGGUCCCGUGGUAUGGUUGGCCAGCCCGGCGAGUGCGUAUGUGUCGGGUCACGUAUUGGUGGUUGACGGCGGGUGGAUGGGGAGGUAA